UUAACCGUAGAAUGUUCACUAAACACGCCCUCGCCUAGCGACGCAAUACGUUCAGUUGAAAUACAGAAAAUACCUGUAAACACAACAGAAUCUAGAAUUUUAUUAGGGAUUGUAGGCAACGGUACUGUUGUUCCUGGACCAGGGAUUUCACCAAAAAAAUAUAGCCUUCACAUGAUAUCAACAAGAUCCGUUUUUACCAAAGCAAUCUUGACAAUUAAACAACCAGAUUGUUCAGAUGCAGGGAAAUACAGAUGUGUAAUUCACGUUUUGAAUGACGCGGGAAUUCAAAACUUACAAGGCGAUUUUCAUCUAAAGACAGGUGGACCAUCCAUGGUUGUUCGUCAACCCGAGCAAUCCGUGUAUCCAAUUCAUGCUAAGAUUAGACUGGAAUGUAGUGGUAUUGCGACUAAUUGGACCUGGCAAUGGCGACUUCCCGAAGACAGGUUACCAUGGCAGUCGUUUCCCUUUACUGAUAACGUUACGGUUGGACGAUUGUCAGAUCCACCUGAAAACGGGACUACAUUAGUCUGUCCGGGUGAAACACGAACAACCUUGACCUACUUGGCAAAGGCACAAGAAAAUGGCGUACAGUUUCGAUGUAAUUUUAACGAAUCAGAUUCCAAUGCCACUGCAGGGAUACCAUUUACAACUGUCUGUAUAGCACAUGAACCAAGCAAUCUGAAAAUGGAGGUGAUUAGACGCAUUGAUUAUCUACCAUCGUCAAUUGUAUGUAGUGGAGAAGCUAGUAUUAUGAGUGAGGGGUGGCGAUGGGAAUGGCGAUCGCCCCCAUUAAACCCAAAUUGGUCAGCAUAUCUUGAAGCCACAACUGAAAAUAACGAGGCCCUCAACAAUAACAACUGUUCUUAUUUUACAAGCUCAACUCUACAUUUAAACACUAAAACCGUUACAGAUCUGAGAUGUAUUUUAGGGGCGUUUGAUCAACACAGUCUUAAUAUAACCUUAAAUACGACUACAGUUCACCAGUCUAACAACACAGACAAAGACUGUUUAAACGUAGUAACAUCCGGUAAAGACUGUCAGGAGUUAACGAAGCUUUAUAAACAUUGUUUAUCAACAGAAGAAAUGAAAAAGCUAGGUUGCCCUGCUGCAGGAGUUGGGAUACUGACAAACUCAUCUUUUCUGCUACCUCUUGUUUGGUUUGUGAUGAUGUUUCAUUGUGGUUUCUAAGCAACGAUUUGAUAGAUGACGUAAUGGAGAAUUUUAAUAAUUUAUAUCUUAGAUAUAAAUUGUAGCUGAAAUAUAUCUUUUAAAUAAUAAUAAUAAUAAUAAUAAUAACUAGAAUUGCACGCAAUGCUUAAGAUUUACACAAUACCGAAACGUUAUGAUGAGCGGAUACAAACUACCCCCACCUUCACACAUACAUAACUAAGAUAUUUACAUGCUCUUCGUAAAAUAAAGCUGAACAAUUGGCAGCAAAGCUUAUAUCGCUGGAAUCGGAUAUACGUCGGCUAUCCAACUUUAGAAAAAAUUUCAAGGAAAAAUAGAAAUAUCAUAUUUUCUAAAUUCUAUUUUUAUCUGAUCAAAUAUGUCCCUGGCUAUAAAAAAUAUAAAUUUUUCAAAAAUCGGUUUGAAAUUUAACAGAAUUAAGGCCGAUUUUCAAUUUUCGUGAGUCUUAAAGAUUUACACACCGGUCUACUCGCAACUUUCGAAUUAGUUUUGAUUACUAACAAUUGUUAUGGGGAAAAAAUCAAUAUUCAGACCUUUAUCACAUACAGUCUCUGAUAUGUACGCUGAAUUGAAAAAGAGAAAAAAAAAGCAGCGUUUUUCGAACGGGACGAAACCAUUAUAAAACUACCAAAGCUAGCAAUGGCUCUAGUAUUCUUAGCGACACAGUAUAAGACAACCGUUUUAAAUUUUAAUAUGAUAUUCUAAAGUUAACUUAAUCAAGAAAGCAUGAGGCAUUAUGGCGUAGAUGGGUCUCCCUAUCCUAAUAUGGAAACAAAGGGAUGAUUUAUUGGUGCCACGUUUUCGGAAAAUUAGCUUCGGAUCUUUGCCGAGUUAUCUGGCAAGGUACCUAAUUAGCAUAACUCUUGCUGCCAAUCGUAUGUAGGUAACGACUUCAAUACACUGAACAGAACAUCAUUCAGAGAACUAAUUAAUCCCCGUAUAUACACAUAGUAUUACAGUAUAAACGAAAUAGGGUUUAACGUCCUUCUACUCCAACUGGGAUAAUGAAGACGGACAUACGCCAUGCAGUGUGCUGUGAGGGAAAUUAUCCUGACACCGGCUCUGCUGACUACUGUUAUAUCAUAUUCAAACUGUCAAUAAUGGUUCAGUUAUGUACAAUUGACCUCGGUUUUUCACCCCAUCUAAACGAAUAUACGUUGUCCCUUGCCUGGCCCCUGCCCUGCACCACUGACAAGGGGAACAACACAGGUAAAUCCCGAUAGACUUUCUCUGCCAACACUGAGAUCGAACAUGGGACCUCCAGGUUAGCGAGACAACGUCAUACUCACUGAGCCACCGCGGCUCUAGACUAAAUAAUCUCCAUAGAUACAUACAGUAUGGGUAAUGUAAUAACGAAUAAACUGGGAGUAUAUACGUAAUGACUUAUAUGUCUUGUUUUAUGUAAUACAUUGUAAUAAUGUAA